CGUGUCGCACCGGCAUACAAAGUGGCCCUCGCGCUGCCCAUUUUGACUCUUUGACAAGGACAGCCGUCGCCUCGCAGGAACUGAAACACUGGAACAGACGAAUCAGUGAACACGCACGGGCGCAUGAUAGUUCUCAACAUCUGUAACCGCUGAAACAAAGACGUGUCCUAGCCCCGAAGCAGCGGUUUAAUUUUGGAAUUUCAUAAAAUGGACUAAGAUGCUUUUUCUCCUGAAUGUGUCUGUGCAGAUUAGCCCCAUACAUGGUUAAUCUGCAAUACUCGCCAAAGAGAGUCCCCUUGGAUUAGUGCAACACAUAAGGAUUAUGGAUAACUUUUUCACCGAGGGCUGUCGUGUGUGGCUGUGGGAAGGGGAGCAGUACUUGCCCAGUACUGUGGCCUCCUGCUCUGGAGGAAUAGUGGUCUUCAACACAGACUAUGGACAGGUCUACACGUAUAAGCAGUCUGCUCUCAGCAGACAGAAGGUCUGUCCCAUGCACAGCACUAGUGUGUGUGGAGUCGAGGACAUGGCUUCUCUGCAACACCUACAUGACGGAGCAAUUCUACACAACUUACACCUGCGCUACGGACAACGCAACAUAUAUACAUAUAUUGGCUCUAUCCUGGUGGCAGUGAAUCCGUACCAGCGCAUGCCAGAGCUGUAUGAUGCGUGUGUGGUGGAUCAGUACAGUCGACAUUCUCUUGGCCAAAUCUCCCCGCACAUUUAUGCCAUUGCCAACGAGUGCUACCGAUCGCUAUGGAAACGCCUCAACAACCAGUGUGUGCUGAUCAGUGGUGAAAGUGGAGCAGGGAAGACAGAGAGCACUAAGGUUAUUCUGAGGUUCUUGUCUGCGAUGAGUCAGCUGUCUCUCCGCCUGUCAGCGAAACAUCAAACAUCACACGUAGAAGAGGCUCUUCUGGAGAGCAGUCCCAUCAUGGAGGCAUUUGGGAAUGCUAAAACAGUCUACAACAGCAACUCCAGUCGCUUUGGCAAAUUUAUUCAGCUCCAUUUCAGCCACAGAGGGCACAUCCAGGGAGGAAAGAUCAUCGACUACUUACUUGAAAAGAAUCGUGUUGUGCGGCAGAAUCCAGGCGAGAGAAAUUAUCAUAUUUUCUAUGCACUGCUGGCUGGAACCAGCUCAGAGCAGAAGGAGGCCCUCUCUCUGUCCUCUCCUGAGUCUUUUCACUAUCUGCGACAGUCCGGCUGCGUAUCAGAUGAGGCAGUUAACGACAGUCAGACAUUUCAGGAUGUGAUGAAUGCCAUGAGGACGAUGCAUUUUAGUGAGGAGAGUAUUCGGGAAGUCCUCCGGCUACUGGCGGGAAUUUUGCACGCCGGGAAUAUUGAGUUCAUGACUGCCGGAGGAGCACAGGUGUCCUCUAAAACAGCUCUGGGAAAGACUGCAGAACUCCUGGGACAGGAUUCUGCUCAGCUGGCUGAAGUUCUGACUCACAGAUCCAUGAUCCUCAGGGGGGAGGAGAUCAGCACACCUUUAACAGUGGAGCAGGCGGUGGACUCUCGCGAUUCCAUGGCGAUGGCUCUGUAUUCCCAGUGUUUCUCCUGGAUCAUCCAGCAGCUUAAUAACCGCAUCCAUGGAAAUGAUGACUUCAAAUCCAUUGGCAUCCUUGACAUCUUUGGCUUUGAAAAUUUCGAGGUCAACCGAUUUGAGCAGUUCAACAUUAAUUAUGCAAAUGAAAAGCUGCAGGAGUACUUUAACAAGCACAUUUUCUCACUCGAGCAGCUGGAGUAUCACAGGGAGGGGCUUGUCUGGGAUGAUGUGAACUGGAUGGAUAAUGGAGAGUGUCUUGAUCUCAUUGAGAAGAGACUGGGUUUACUGGCUCUGAUGAACGAGGAGAGUCACUUCCCCAAAGCCACUGACGCCACACUACUGGAGAAAUUACACAGCCAGCACUCUAAAAACCCGUUUUAUGUGAAACCGCGGGUCGCUGUCCAUCUCUUUGGUGUGAGGCAUUAUGCAGGAGAGGUGGUGUAUGAUGUGAGGGGAAUCCUAGAGAAGAACAGAGACACAUUCAGAGACGACAUCCUCAACCUGCUUAGAGACAGCAGGUUGGACUUUGUGUACGAUCUGUUUGAGCGAGUUAGUAGUCGGAAUAAUCAGGACACUCUGAAGUGCAGCUCCCAACACAGGAAACCUACUGUCAGCUCUCAGUUUAAGAAUUCCUUGCAUUCUCUGAUGGCCACACUAAGCAGCUCCAAUCCUUUUUUUGUCCGCUGCAUCAAACCCAACAGCAGCAAGAUGCCAGACCAGUUUGAGCCCUCUCUGGUGUUGAAUCAGCUGCGUUAUUCUGGAAUGCUGGAGACAGUCAAGAUCCGGCGUUCUGGUUUCCCUGUGCGGAGAUUAUUCCAGGAUUUCUGUUCUAGAUACAACGUCUUAAUGAGGGGCGUGGCCCAGAGUGAGGAUACAAAGGGGCAGUGCUUGGCAUUGCUCCGCCUGUUCGACAGCAGUUGUGCAGAGUGGCAGCUUGGCAAGACAAAGGUGUUCAUGAGGGAGUCUUUGGAACUGCGCUUAGAGAAACAGAGGGAAGUGGAGGUGCUGAAAGCUGCCGCCAUCAUACAAGCCCAUAUACUGGGUUACAUGGCAAGGAAGCAGUACCGCCAUGUGCUGCAGUGCAUUGUGGUCAUUCAGAAGAAUUAUCGGGCGUUUCACUGGCGUCGACGUUUCCUGCUGCUCCGUUGGGCUGCCCUGACCUUUCAGAAGAGCCUGAGGGGCAAGAGGGCACGGCGACUGUACGCCCAGCUCAUGGACGAGAGGAAGAGACGAGAGGAAGAGGAACUGCGCCAGAGACAGGAGGCGGAGUUAGAGAGAGAGGCGCAGAGAGCUGCGGAGGAGGCGAGGAAGAAGAAAGAGGAGGAGACUGCGGCACGUCAGGUGCUGGCGGAGAAGUCGCUAGUUAAAAAGGCAGAAGCUGAUGAGGUGUUUGGCGAGGAGGUGUUUGGUGAGGAGGAGGUGCGGCCUCAUGAGGUCUCUCAGGUGGAGGAGAUCUUGCGUCUGGAGCGUGAGAUUGAGGAGCUGCAGCGGCAGAAGGAGGCGCAGGAGCAGAGCCUGACCGCGGCCUCUCUGCUUCGUCUGCAGCGUCUGCGCGACCAGGAGUUGCGCAGGCUGGAAGAGGAGGCCUGCAGGGCUGCACAGCAUUUCCUCUCUUCCCUCAACUUCCACGAGAUUGACGAGUGCGUGCGCAAUAUCGAGAGCUCCCUGGGCCUGGAGGAGUGCGUGGGAGGGACAGAGCGCUCGCAGGAGGAGGAGGAGGAGGAGGAGGAUGUGGACGAAGGCUUUGGGGCAGACGAUGAAGCGUUCAAAUAUUCUCCAAACCCCAGUGAGCACGGCCACUCUGACGGGCAGCGCACCAGCGGAAUACGAACAAGCGACGAUUCUUCAGAGGAGGACCCUUAUGCUCCUCCCCCAGCCCCUCCCCUAGCCGGCCCUUCAGCCUAUCAUAGCCCCACGUCCAGCGGAGACUCCACUUUCUAUCCUGGCCCUCAGGAGGAAGGAGUGGAGUUGAUUCCACCCGAUGAGGAUUCGGACUAUGAUGCAGACGACUACGAGGAGGGGGCCAUCAUUCCCAUGCCGAACCUGGUACUAUCACUAAGCAACAGUGGCAACUGGUCACAUGACCACCGCAGCUCCAUGGCAACCAGUGCCAGUGCCAGCUCAGGGGCAUACCGCUUCAGCUCUGAGGGGGCACAGUCAUCGUUUGAGGACAGUGAAGAAGACUUUGACAGGUUUGAUACAGAUGAUGAGCUCUCUUAUCGACGGGAUUCAGUCUACAGUUGUGUCACACUGCCAUACUUCCACAGUUUCCUCUAUAUCAAAGGUGGUGUGUUGAAUACAUGGAAGCGCCGCUGGUGUGUGCUGAAAGAUGAGAUGUUUCUGUGGUUCCGGUCCAAACAGGAGGCGCUCAAACAGGGUUGGCUGUAUAAGAAAGGCGGUGGCUCGUCCACUCUGUCGCGCAGAAACUGGCGGCGACGCUGGUUUGUGCUCAGACAGAGCACGCUCAUUUACUAUGAAAAUGACGCUGAGGAUAAAAUGAAAGGCAUGCUGGAUGUCCACCAAGCCAGAGAGAUUAUUGACAACACUGGAAAAGAGAACGGCAUUGACAUUGUGAUGCCUGAACGAACCUACCAUCUCAUAGCAGAGUCAGCCGAGGAUGCCAGUCACUGGUUCAGUGUACUGAGUCAGGUCCACACCUCCACCGAACAGGAAAUCAGAGAGAUGCACGAUGAACAAGCCAACCCUCAGAACGCAGUAGGAACAGUGGACGUAGGGAUGAUUGACUCAGUCUGUGCCUCUGACAACCCAGAGAGGCCGAAUGCGUUUGUGAUCAUUACAGCUCAUCGUGUGUUACACUGUAACGCUGACACGCCAGAGGAGAUGCAUCACUGGAUUGCCCUGUUACAGCGGUCUAAAGGAGACACGCGCGUCGAGGGGCAGGAGUUUGUCAUUAGAGGUUGGCUUCAUAAGGAGGUGAAGGGCAGCACACGUUCAUCCCUGAAGCUGAAGAGACGUUGGUUUGUCCUGACUCAUAACUCUCUCGACUACUACAAGAGCUCAGAAAGAAACGCUCUCAAACUGGGAACGCUGGUGCUCAACAGCCUCUGCUCGGUACUGCCCCCAGACGACAAAGUCUACAAAGACACAGGUUACUGGAGUGUGACAGUGUUUGGCCGGAAACACUCGUACCGACUGUACUCUAAGCUGCAGAAUGAGGCCAUUCGAUGGGCGAGUGCAGUUCAGAAUGUCAUCGACACUAAAGCCCCUAUAGACACUCCUACUCAACAACUCAUACAGGACAUAAAGGAGAACUGUCUGAACUGUGAAGUUGUGGAUCAGAUCUACCGGAGAAACCCAAUACUGCGACACAGUCACCAUCCACUACACACAUCUCUACUACCACUGCCAUAUGGAGACAUAUACCACAACCAUGAGAAAGUGAAGGGUUACAGCACUCUGCAGGCAGAAGCCCUGAAACUCUUCAGCACACUCCAGCAGCUGGAGGGCGUGGCCGACCCUCUGCCUGGCAUCCAAGGGCUGCUACAAACAGGGCACGACCUUCGACCUCUGAGAGAUGAACUCUACUGCCAGCUGAUCAAACAGACAACUCGGCCCCCUCAACCUGGAGGCCCCGCCCACCUCAGAGCCUGGCAAAUCAUAGCCUGUAUGAGCUGCACGUUUAGUCCCGCCUCCCGAAGCAUCCUCAGAUACCUCAAAUUCCACUUAAAGAGGACGCGGGAGUUGUAUCCAGCCUCAGAGAUAGAGCGUUAUGCAGCAUUUUCCCAAGAUGCCUUGCGUCACAUGCGUGGGCGUGAGUUUGUUCCCUCACUGCAGGAGUUGAGAGCCAUUCUGAAGCGACAGGAAAUGACAACAACCGUCUUCUGUCACGGGGGCGGGUCCUGCAAAAUCACAAUCAACUCACACACCACUGCAGGAGAGGUGGUAGAGAAACUUCUGCGGGGAUUAGUGAUGGAGGACAGCAGAAACAUGUUUGCAUUGUUUGAACACAAUGACAAUGACAGCACUGACAAAGCCAUUGAGAGUCGCACCGUUGUAGCCGACGUCCUCGCCAAGUUUGAGAGGCUCUUUGGCAGUGGGGAUGAGAGAAGCUCAGGGUGGAAGUUCUACUUUAAACUUUAUUGUUUUAUCGACACUGACAGCGUUCCCACAGACAGUGUGGAGUUCGCCUUCAUGUUUGAACAGAUUCAUGAAGCUGUCAUAAGGGGCCAGUACCCUGCCCCAGAGGAGACACUGCAGUUCCUGGCUGCCCUAAGAAUACAGUACCUGCUGGGUGACUACACGUCCCAGAAUGCUUUGCCUGAGUUGGAUCAGAUGUUCCCCAUGUGUCGUCUGCGUGCCCGGGUUCAGCAAUCAGCCCGAACUUUUGCCCCCAGCAGUGGGGGUGGGGAGAAGAAGAGAGGGAGUUUCCUGGAGGGCACUUUGAGGCGGAGCUUCAGGGGGUCACUAGGGCGACAGCGGCAGGUCCAGGGGGAGGAGUCUACAGUGGAGGCGUGGUUACAGGAGGAGAGGGUAGCGCUAAAGAGUUGUCUGUUGGAGAAAUGGCGUAAACUCCAGGGAAUGACACAAGAGCAAGCUAUGGUCAAGUACAUGAGUAUAGUCAAAGACUGGCAGGGGUAUGGAUCCACACUGUUUAACGUAGAGAGUUGCGACGGUGUGUAUCCGGCUGAGCUGUGGAUAGGGGUGAGUCGACAGGCAGUGAGUGUGUAUAAGAGGGGGGAGGCGUGGCCAUUGGAGGUCUUUCCGUACGAGGCCAUCCUGUCGUUUGGAGCUCCUCAGCCCAGCACGUACAGGAUCACAGUGGAGGGGAGAGAACUACUGUUCCAGACCAGCAUGGUAAUGGACAUCGCUAAGCUGAUGAAGGCCUACAUCAGUAUGAUUGUGAAAAAACGCUUCAGCACCUGUCAAUCAAUCAGUAGCCAUGGCAGCCAGACCAGCAACUGGUAACUGCUCACAUUGGACUUUUUCUUCACCAGACUGUACCUUACACACA